AUUUCCUUCUCUCUAUUGCGCGCGCGCGAUCUCUCUCUCUCUCCCUCUCCCUCUCCCUCCUCUCUCUCUCUUCUCCUGGCCGAUGGAGUUGCCUCAACAGCACUGCCAACCGCAGCACCAAACUCGUCAAGAUCAUCAACAAUCCGUACCCUUCAGGAACUCGUACGCUGUCGACGUCCGGAUUCCGCUGCCAGUUGCGUAUUACGGCCCCGUUGGCCUGCCGGAGCGGCCUCAGCACCCGCCCUACGAGCCUCCGGUUCAAUUCAGUGAGUUCAGACCUGGUCCAAUCCCAGAUGGAAGCACUGGUGGAGCUGGUUUGCCUUUCAAUUUUGGGCUUGAACCUCCUAGAAAAAGACUUAAAGAGAGGGAGUUUUUCAAUAGCAAUUCACCGAUAUCCUCUGUUGAAAUCUUGCAAGCACAAUCAGUCUCUACAGGCUUAGGUCUGUCCUUCGAUAACACCCACACUUCUAUGGCAUCUUUGGGAGGUUCACCCUUGUUAUCACUCCUCGGUGAUGACGUUGACCAGGAUUUGCAGCGACAGGACAAAGAAAUUGAUAGAUUCCUUCAGAUUCAGGCUGACCAAAUGCGGAAGACUAUCCUAGAGAAGACCCAGCAGGCCCAAUCGCAGACCAUGUCUCUCUUGGAAGAAAAAUACCUUCAGAAACUUUGCGAGAAAGAAUCAGAGGUCAGAAGUAUCACCAGGAAAAAUAAGGAUCUUGAAGAUCAAAUCGAACGAUUGAUCUUUGAAGCUGGUGAAUGGCAGCAAGAGGCCCGAAACAGUGAAAACACAAUUGCCGCCCUCAAUUUUAAUCUGCAGCAGAUCUAUGCCGAAAGCAGAGACAGCAUCGAAGGCUGUGGUGAGAGUGAGGUGGACGAUACAGCGUCCUGUUGCGAUGGUGGUAUGGCUCAUUCUCGGCAGUUAGGAGCAGUGAACGAUGGUGUGAGACAAUCAACGAUGAUGAAGUGUAAAGCUUGCGGGGUUCAUGAGGUAAAAAUGCUGUUGUUGCCUUGUAAGCAUCUCUGCCUCUGUGAAAACUGCAAAAGUAAACUCGGUUUUUGCCCUCUGUGUCAGUCAUCCAAGUAUAUAGGCCUGGAGGUUAAUAUGCCAUGAGAUCUAUAUUUGAAAUUUACAAAAUGAAAUGCAGGGGUUCCCGACUUUCGGGAUGCUUAUCGUUUGUUUGAUUCUCGCUUUGCAUUGCUAGUGUUUUUACUCGAAGUAUACAUGUUCAUGUCUAGUGCGCCUUGCAUUUCAGAUGCUCGGGAGCUUCUGAUAGACUUUUGUAGUGAUCUGACAGUGACUUUCAGUUGGUUUGUAAUCUGUCCUAGGCUAAUGAGGAAGACAUCAUUAUUCAAAUGAGAAUAUAUUUUCGAUAA